CAUCAACAGUUGUUCAGCGGGUUCUCAGUGAAAAUGAGCAACGAUGGUCCAAGGCGCAGGGCUGCAUCAGUACCUGACUCAGAUACAGGCAAAGAAACAGCAGUGGCCUUGAAGAAAGAGAUCGGACUAGUCAGCGCGUGUGGCAUUAUUGUGGGUAACAUCAUUGGGUCUGGUAUCUUUGUAAGUCCAAAGGGUGUUUUGGAAAAUGCCAGUUCAGUGGGUCUGGCUCUCAUAGUGUGGAUUCUUACUGGAGUCAUCACUGCCAUUAGUGCUCUGUGCUAUGCAGAAUUGGGAGUUACAAUCCCUAAGUCAGGGGGAGACUAUUCCUAUGUUAAGGACAUCUUUGGAGGCCUAGCUGGGUUUCUGAGGCUAUGGAUUGCAGUUUUGGUGAUCUAUCCAACCAACCAGGCUGUGAUUGCCCUCACUUUCGCCAACUAUGCUUUACAACCUAUCUUUCCUACCUGUUUCCCUCCAGAGAGAGCCCUUGGUCUGCUUGCCGCAGUCUGCCUAUUGCUGUUAACUUGGAUUAACUGCUUCAGUGUUCGCUGGGCAACUCGUGUCCAGGAUGUGUUCACCGCAGGCAAGCUACUGGCCCUCGGCCUCAUCAUUAUCAUGGGCAUUGUGCAGAUCUUCAAGGGUCAUUUUUAUUGGCUGGAGCCAGCACAUGCAUUUCACCCAUUUCAGCCAUAUGAUAUGGGGCGCAUCGCACUCGCUUUCCUCCAGGGUUCCUUUGCUUAUGGAGGCUGGAACUUUCUUAACUAUGUAACAGAAGAGCUCAUUGACCCCUAUAGGAACCUGCCUCGGGCUAUCUUCAUCUCAAUCCCUCUGGUCACUUUCGUCUAUGUGUUUGCGAAUAUUGCUUAUGUUACAGCUAUGAGCCCUCAGGAGCUGUUGGCCUCUAAUGCUGUUGCUGUGACAUUUGGUGAAAAGCUGCUUGGGGUAAUGUCAUGGAUCAUGCCCAUCUCUGUGGCACUAUCCACCUUCGGGGGGGUUAAUGGUUCCCUUUUCACCUCGUCUAGGUUGUUCUUUGCGGGUGCGAGAGAGGGCCAUCUCCCCCGUCUAUUUGCAAUGAUUCAUGUGAAUCGCUGCACACCAGUCCCAGCUUUGCUCUUCACUUGUAUAUCAACUCUGCUGAUGCUAUGCACUAGUGACAUAUACACCCUUAUCAACUAUGUUGGCUUCAUUAACUACCUGUUUUAUGGGGUCACUGUUGCUGGGCAGAUUGUGCUUCGCAUUAAAGAGCCAGACAUUUAUCGUCCAAUCAAGGUGAGCUUGGCGUGGCCAGUCAUUUUCCUGCUUUUCUGGGCAUUCCUGCUGAUCUUCUCGCUGUACUCUGAGCCUGUAGUGUGCGGUAUUGGCCUGGCCAUCAUGUUGUCAGGUGUUCCUGUGUAUUUUUUCGGCAUCUAUUGGGAAAACAAGCCCAAGUGCAUCAAUUAUUUUAUAGCUCAAAUGACAUACUUGGGGCAGAAGUUGUGCAUGGUGGUGUAUCCAGCUGAGGAUGAGGGCAGAGGAGAUGGGAGUGAAGAAAAAGAGGAAGCUGGAUCGAAGUACAGUGCUAGUAGUAAAAAUCAUUUUUCUACUGGCUCUUCAACAGCUAUUGACCAAUUUAAGUAAUAUGGGUUUGGUAGUGUUUGACAAUGCGUACAGACACGCACACAGGGUGGGGAUUAAUUUAAAGGAUUAGUUCACCCAAAAAUAAACAUUCUGUCAUCAUUUACUCACCUUCGUGCCGUUUCAAACCUGUAUGACUUACUUCUGCAAAAAGCUUAAUUUUUAAAGGGGUCAUGACAUGCCUUUUUAUUAUUUUAAUAUGUUCCUUGAGGUUCACUUAAAAUAUUAGUAAUUUUUUUUGCAAAUUUUUUGUCAUAUUUAUAAAACAUGUUCAUUUUCACACUCCUUCUGAUCCUCUGUCAGAUACACUCGGUUUUGGUGCUGCUCCACCUUUAAGAUCUGACAGUAAACGCCCUCUGUUAUGAUUGGCUCUCUGUUCUUGACUGACUUGUCAUCUCACUGCUCACCACUACUGGGAGGGGCUAAGGAGGUGAUAAAGUAAAGUAGGCAUUGAUAUGUUGUUGUGGAGGCAGUCAGAUGCAAAUGUCUUCCACAGUGUGACAUCACAAUGUGGAGGAAGUAGUGAAAUAGUCGUUUUGGCAGCUUAGUUUAAGCAAAUGCUCUUUUUGCAGUGAGGAAGAGUUCUGAAACUUACAGUAUGUUUUUAUAGUACAAUGAACUCUUACAUGUCAAAAGAUCAAGGAAAAUUUAAUUCCUCGUGUCAUGACCCCUUUGAAGAAUAUUCCGGCCACCUUUUUUCAGCAAAUGAAAGUGACUGAGGACUGGUGCUGUCAAGAUUUAAAAUUACAAAAAGGCAUCACAAACAUAUCAUAAAGUACCAACAUGUAAGUAAUUAUUCACUGAUAUUCUUCCUUUCCAUUGAGCUGUUAACCGCUGACAGUGGAUCAGUCAGUGAGGUGAACUCUAGAACUGGAUAAGUUGAGAAUUAAUCAUUCAGAUCAGUUUUGUGAACUGGAUAAAACGAUUCAUUGAAAAGAUCCUCAAAAGAAGGCUCAAAGAAUGAUUCUUUCAUUAACUUAAAAUCGCAACUUGUCUCAUGCGCCAAAAAGAGCUAAAGUCGAUGUGAAGAUUUUCAGUGAAUAACCACUGACAUUUCAGCCUGUUCUUCACACAAAGCUGUCAUAUGGCUUUAGAAGACUUGGAAUAGUGCAUGAGUUGUAUGGAUCACCUAUAUGAUACUUUAAUUGUGCUUUUUAGGAGCUUGACAGCCCCAGACCUCAUUAACUUUUAUUGUGGAAAAAAACUGUCCAACAUGUUUUUCAAAUAUUCACCUUUUGUGUUCCACAGAAGAAAGAAAACCAAGUUUGGAACGAUAUGAGGGUAUGUUAAUGAUGAUUUUGGGUGCACAUUUACUCUAAUACUACCCAGGGUCAAGUUUAAGUGUGGGUAACACUGUCUCCUUUAUGCAAUACUGCCAUCCACUGACAAGAUUUUUAAAUGCAACAUAGCUUAAAUAUUCUUACUGUCACAGAGAAUUUUGUACUUUUAUAUGUAUUAUUUCAUGUUCUAUUGAUUAGUUUCUGAUAUUUGUUUUACCUAAAUGUACUAUUUCAAAUGUGUAAUUCUCUGUUAUAACUGUCCUUUGGUUGAAUAAUUGUGAUGAAGAUAAAAAAAAAAUUUGUAUUGUU